ACCUCGAAACAUUUUGAUGACCCCGACAAGACCCAAUUUUAUUAUGGAGGUGCGAGAAUUUCCACCUCGAUAAACCAUGGAAACUGUCAUCCCUUAGUAGAUUACAGCUAUAUACAUUCUUUAAUUUAGGAAAUAUUUUACAUUAUGAUAAAUAUUUACUCAUAACUGGGAUGUAAUAAGCCUGGUUAGUGCAAAACAUCGCUACCAGAGGCCGCUGAACUCCGAAUGCAGAUAAAUCAAAUAUGGCAGCCGAGGACGGGGUAUACCCCGCUCGCUGGGAAAAUCAGUGCGAUUAUCAAGUAUUGACUCCAGAUGACUUUAAUGAACUACGCAUGUUAAUGGAGAAGUUACAGUCGCGUAGUUCCCAGAAUCGUAACUGGACAGAAAUUAUCAAGGCAGUCAUAGUUGCAAUAACAAAUGACAAGCGUUGCCAAUCAGAUGCAUUGGAGAGGUCCAGCAUACUGUCAUGUGUGGACAAGCUACAAAAGGCAAUUAAAGUUGAAAAUCAGCAAACCCUGCUGGAAAAACUGGAAUCCAUUGCCCGGCAGCAAAGCUUGAGGUUUAAUCCACCAGCACUUCCAGAUAAACCAGCAUGCAUCAGCUGUGAAAUGUUUACUGUUGAAAUCUCCAUGGAUACAAAGGGAAUUGUAAAAGAUGUCAGAGUUUGUCACCAGGGAGAAGCCAUGAGUUGUGAAGAGCUGACAGAAGUCCUCAGUAGAGAGCAGUAUGAUGAAUUUUCUGGACAUUUGGAAGGGUUUUCCUCUAUUUACAAGAUACCUGGAGACAAGAAGCAGAAGUCCAAAGCAUACUUGGCUUUACAGUCUCUAGAAACAGAUCUCAAUGACCUUGCUCAGUUACAAAGCUCUAUCAAAGGUGUUUCUAACUGUAUCCACAAGUCUCCACUGGGUAUACUGCUGCCAAGGAAAGGUGGUUAUCCUAUGAAGUUAAUUUACUUUGUUUCACCCUAUGACCUAUUGGACAAGAGAAGUAACUCACCGCAUCCAUUGACAGUUGAAGCUAUAACAGAAUAUGAGUGUGGACAGAGUGUAACUGUAUGCAUACAACAGUGUUCGGUGUCAAGCAGACUUCAGACAAUGCCAUUGAUGAGUGUGGUUACACAAGAUGGUAAAAGUUUACCAUCGUUUCAAGCAUUAUCCAAUGUCAACAGUUGCAUGUUAUCUGCCUGUUUUGUAUUGGUGUUACCACAGCCCAUCCCUGUGGCCUUGUCUGUGGUCAGGUUGAUUAAAAAUGUUACAAAUUUAGAUGUGAUAACAGUUGGUGAAGAGAACAGUUUAAUUACUUUGUUGUUAAAAGAUGUGUUUAAAUGUAAAGCUGAGGAUGAAUUCUUUGUUACUUUGCCAGAUCAACAGCAUGUAUUUUAUAUGAAUGAUAUCAAUGGUUGCUCACUGGAACAGCCUGCAGUGAUGGUCAGUAAGAUUCCCUUUACUCAUCCAACCAAUGUUGCUCAAGUCCUCAACUGUUUACGACAACAACUCAUCUUUAAUACAGUUAUUGGUAGUAGUAUUAGACCAAAUGCUAGUCAAGAAUGUUCUGUUGUGUUUGAGUUGAAUGCCUUAUCCUUACAACAUAUGACCCUCUCAUUUGAACAUCCACUACACAAUACAAUGGUCACAGCUGAAAUAGAUUUGAGUGAUAUUACAUAUCCAAAGUUCAAGGUUAUUUAUAGUGAAGAAGAACAGUCACUUUGUUCAGAAGAUUUAGCUGGUAAAAUAUUUCAAAGGUGUCUUUCUGUGCCUGUUACUUUACGGUCAGUAAUUAACAAAGUCUCAGAUGAAAUUCGCAAAGAGCCACCCCCAGAACCUGUGUCAGUGACUAUUCCAGCAGAUCGUCCACCUCCAUGGCCACCAGAACACUAUUCUAGUCAUUUUAGUCCUGGAAGAAUUCCUAUGGAUAUAAAAAAUAUUUCUCCGAAUAGUUUGGCAUUUAGGAAUUAUGGAUUGCAACAUUCACCACAAAUUUCAUAUAAUUUGGGAAAUUUAAUGAGUGGAAUUGGUUCUUCAAUACAACCUUCACUGCCUCCAGAGGGAAUUUUAAUUGAACCACCUGCACCAGAAAAACCUCAUAAUCCAUUGUUAGCUGACUUGUUAGAUCGUAAUUCACCAAGUCCAACUCCUGAACCCAUUCAAAAUCUGCCACAAAGUGAAGCACCAAUUAUGUCUAAACUGUUAGAGGACAGCACUGCUUCAGCUAUGGCCUCAAGUAUUCCUCAGCCACCACUUAAACCAAAACAAGUGCGUCGUAAGAGAAGCUCUAAAGGAGAGACACCAGUUGUAGGACGUAGUCCUAAACAUCAACGUAUUUCAGAAGCAGACAGCAAUGGAUCAUUACCACACUUAGACUUUGAUUCUAGUGGAGGAUCGUUUGACUUUGGUGAUGUCCCUAAUCCAGGACAGCCUCAUUCCAUACAUAGUCAUGGUCAUCCAACACUGACAAGACAGUUGAGUAUCAUUGAUUUAACUGAUUCACAGGCUGAUACUCCUGCAGGAUUUUCAGGAGAAUCUGAAAUGCAGAAGCUUGAAAGUAUGGUAGGAAAUAAGUUGCCAAGACAGCCACAUAGACAAGACAGUGAAUUGUCUCAGUUAUUGUCAGAUUAUGGAGAUACAAGCCCAACAAAGGAGACACAGUCUCCACACCCUUAUUAUCAUAACUCGGUGCCAAAAAACGAUAAAGUGUCUACCUCUCGUGAGGAGAAAAUCCUCAGCGGGUCGAGGGAGGUGUUAAAGACCACAGACCCGACGUCACCCAACUACGCACAUCAGAGCUUAAUGGACCUACUUAGCAUAAAGCAAGAAGAGCAGGAACCUUCAUAUAAUUUUCAGAGGCAGAAUUCGAAUAUUUCAAUGAUUUCAUUGACCUCAAAUGACCCGAGUAAUAGAAAGUUAAGUCUUGGAACUGUGCGAUCUAAUUCUAUGUCGGAUUUAAGUGAUAGUGACACGUUUCCGUACAAAGAAAAGUCAUGUGAUAGCACAGCAUUUAAUGCAAAAACUUCAAAUAAAAACCCAGCAUUGGCAGCUAAUUCAGAAUCCAGUAGUUCAUUAAAAGUAAAACAAGAAAUUAAGGAGGAGAAUGUGCAUGACUUAAGAACGUUACUUACAAUAGGGAAGGAAAAAGCAGAGAAUAAUGUGAUAGAAAAAGAUAAAUUCAAAAAGGAGGAAGGAGCAAAAAAUAUAAGGCUAAAAGUUUCAACUGUACAAGGGUUGAGGCAAAGUUCAUUACCGAAUGAGUUAUUGAACACUGGAAUUAAUAAAAAGUCAAAAGCUCCUUUUGAUUUUCAUAGUGAUGACGAUGAUGAUGAUCCGUUUGAUUUCAGAGACAAAAUGAAAGUUGUAUCUUCAUCGCCUACACGUCUGCAUAUACACAAACAAAAACUAUACAAUCACAAACUGAGUAAAGAGAAGGACAAGAAAAAAGAAUCUAAAAAUAAUAUUGUGUCAGGUGAAAAACGAAAAAAAGAUAAAAAUGAAUCGAAGAAAGAAAGGAAGAAAAAACAGAAAAUGAUGGAAAAUUAUAAAAGUACCUCACUUGAUGAAUCUGCUAUUUAUAAAUCUGUUACAGUGGUAUCAGAAGACAGUAAUAGUAGUAGUAAUCUUAAGCCAAUUCCUAAACUAAAGAUCAAUAAAAGUAGUCUUGGCAUAUCUGUUGGCAAAAGUCCAAGCAGGGAAGUAUUGACUAGUAAAAAUGAAACGGUGAAAAAAUCAAAAGAAAAGUAUGACAAACACUUGUCGUCAAGUAAGAAAUCAUCAUCACAGAAAGCCUAUAAAGUACACCAGCAAUCAUCACCGUCAAAUAGUAUCACUGUUAGCAAAGCAGAUUCCAAACUUAUUACAAAAACUCCCACCAUCAAACUCAAACCAAUUGCAAUGCCUACAAGUUCAUCAGUCAGUGUAGGCUCAGCAAAAACCCCACCAGCAUACUCAACAGCAAGCUCAACGAAAGGAUCUACUACUCCAACUUCAACAACGAUUGGUCGCAUGGGAGCAGUCUCAUUAACAAAAAGUGGAUCUCUUACUCCACCAGCAAGUGUAAAAGCAAGUACACCAACAUCACUAUCAAAAUCAUUCCCAAAUAUGAAAUCUUCAAGUAAAAGUACUUCUUCAUUGCCUUCUGCUGCUAAAAUACCUUCACAAAGAUCAAAUAGUUCGUCCUCUCACAGAGGCUCAUCAGAUAAUAAAGAAGGCAAGAAAGAAAGAAAUGGACCUUCAAAUAGUAGUAAAACUUCUAGUGUUAGAAAAAGCAGUUCUCCAAUGGCAGGUUCAAGAAAUCCAAUGAACUUGUCUAAAUCUUCUCACUCAUCAAAUAAAAACCUAUCGUCAUCUACCUCAUCUCCCUUCUCAAACAAAAAUCAAUCUGCAGAUGUUUUGUCUUUUCUCAACAGAGACUCAAGUGUAAUUGCAAAUCUACCGAAAAUUCCAAAAAUGGCAAAAACUAAUACAGCAAUGUCGUCUGGAACAAAUAAAUCACAAACUACAGAAUCUAUUUCCAAAGCAGUGACAUCUUCUGUUGCUCUUAAUAGCAAAGCAAACCCAACAUCAACUGUAAGUGCUAAAACAAAUUUAACUAAUUCAAGUUUAAAUAAUUCUAAGAGUGCUGUGUCAACCAGUGUAUCAAACUCUAGGACAAAUAGUGUACAAAAUACAAAACCAAGCAUUUCAACAUCAUCAAGUCCAGCUCAUACGAAGACUGUUACUACACCAACAUCAGUGAAACAAAACCCAUUUAUAACAAAGUCGAAUAAUGUGAUUCCAAGUUGUAGCGGAGGAUUUAGUAGGUCAGUUACAACUGUGACUUGUACAACGAGUUCUUCAUCAAAACUUAUCACUUCAACGUCAAGUACAACAUCAAGUAAAAUGGCUACCUCUGUUUCACCUUCUGUUACUAGCUCUGUGAGCAGAAGUUGUUCAUCUAAUCCUUCAACAUCUGUUUCAAAAUCUGUGAGUAGUAGUAGCAGCAGUGGCAGUGAUUCCCUUAAAAAACCUACACAAAAUUCUGCUACACUUUCUUCUGGAACAAUAGCAACUGGAUCUGCUCAAAAUACAAGUCAGUUGUCUUCUAACCCUGUAAGUCACAAAUCCAGACCAAGAAAAGGGUCAUUAACUGCUGUUAUUGAUAAACUUACCAAACAGACUUCAUAUGAAUGUAGUUCUGAGGAUGUAAAUAAGCUGUCAGUGGAAAGUGUUAACCAGGAAUCAUCAUUGAACUUAUCUAGUCUAAAUGAAAGUGAUAAAAAUGUGGUAAAUUGUAGAACAGAAAAGACUGAUGUUACUCUUCAUAAUUCUAAAAGUGGAGAUUUAAAAGAUAAAAUUUCUAAGGAUUCAACUGUUCAAGGCAAAAUUCGAAAGGAUGAUAAAGAGGUUAAGAAUAAUAAUUCUAGCCCAAAGACAAAAAGUUGUGAAAAUGUGAAAAAGCAUAGUGAUUCACCGUCUAAAACAAAUUCUGGAAAAGAAAAUAAGAAUGAUGAUUCAAGAAAUUUGUUUACAUCAAUACUUAAAAGUGCUUCAGAAAAUUCAUAUUCCCCAAAAGACAAGGGGUCAAAAUCGAAUGAUGGGAAAGUGGUUGUAGAUUUAUCAAAAAGUGAAGAAAGUGAUAGUACAUCAGAAGUAAGAAAUAGUAACACAAACUGUGAAAUGGAAUCCAGUCAAUGUGAGAAGGUUUCUAAUACAAAUAAACAUUCAAGGACACCAUCACCAAAACAAAAUCCAAAGAAAUUCAAUGGAGAAACGGUAACGAGAGAAAGUGUAACGGAUAAUAAAUCAAAAGAUUCUGAUGUAUUUAAAGUGCCUACACCAAAGGCUCACAAUUCAGAUGAUAAAGACAUAGAAGAUACAGAAAAUUAUGUGAUUAGAAAAAAACAAAGAAUUAGUACAUCAAAACCUGUUUUAUCUCCUUCUAGUCCUGUGAGCAGCCCUGAGUUAGUUAUCGACUGUCAAACAUUGUCACCAAGAACUUUGCAGAACAAGACAAAUUCACCAAACAUUGAAGUGUCUUCUGAUAAAGUUGGCAAUAAUACUAUACUGAAGACAAAAAAUGUUUCACCCAUUCAUAAAGUAAAACAAUCACAGUUACAAUCACCUGUACUCAUAAAAAUGGAACAUCACUCUGCUUCACCUACGGAAAUAGAUGAUGAUUUAAUGAAUGAAGCUCUUAUUGGUUUUGGUAGUUAAAUUAAGUCAUAAAAUUAAUUUCAAGACAGAACUGUAUGCAGAAGUUACAAAUUUAGGAAUGAAAGAUGAAAAAGAGCCUAGGCAUGUUUUAUGGUUUCUUUAUACUUUGUAAUUAGAAAUUCUGCAUGUUUUUACUCUAUGCUAUCAAAUCUGAUGCAGUGAACUAAGAGAAUAACUUUGCUGCCAACUGGUAAUUUCGUCCAUCUUAGUUUUUGAAUGUAAUGUUAGUUCAACCAAACAUACAAACUUUUUAAAAGAAUGGAAUUACCAGACUUUCUUUGUAAAGAAAAAAAAAGAGGUAAAAUAUGAGGUUGAUGUCAACUUAUUCCAAUAAGAAAAUGCUUUAUUUCUGUGACCUUAAGCAUGUUAAGAGGGUAUCCAAUAUCUUGAAUAAAAUAGAUUUGGCUCAUUUAAUUUUCAUAAAAUUUUGACAAAUAAUUACUUUGACCUGUUGACAAAUAUAAAAAUAUAUCAAGAAAUUUGAACCACACAAUUUAUAAAAAUAAUUUUCAUUGGAUACAUAGCAGUUUGACAUGCACUUAUUUUGAUCAUUGAGAAGCUUGAUUUUUCUUUUUACUAAUAGUAUGUGAUUAAAACAUUCAGCUGGUUUUUUUUUUAGAGUUAACUCCCUUAGGUGUUCUGUACCCCUUUAAGUUAAAUACAAUGUUUCAUCAGGUAUACUGAUUUUUACCUGUUUAAGUGUCACAUCUUCAAAUCAAAAUUGAUGGUACAAACGGAUGGUACAAACAAUAUUCAGUGAAACUUGCAUUUUGUUUUGACAGUAUAAACCAUCCGUGUAUUAAUAGAUUUAAUAGUUAUUUCUGUUUUUUUAUGAAUUAUUUGCAUUUUGUGUUAAGCAAACUACAGUCUUGACAAAUCUGUUCGUCUGUUGGUCAUUAGGACCACCACGACUACAAUACUGGUGGCCUCAGUGAAAAUUUGGUGGUCCUGCAUUUUCUGUUAAAUUUUUGCUAUCAAAUAUUUCCAUAGGUAUAAAUUAGAUAAGACCAAUUAUAUAUGGUUCCAUAUUUAAUAAAGAUAUGAUAUAUAUUGUGAUCAGGAGCUUCACUUAAUACCAGAAAGCAUAAAAAAGAACAAAACCACCACAAACUUUCAGUUUGACAUGAGGACCGCCACUACACCCAAAAUUGUCAGACCUUCCUGAUUUUACGUGGUCAGGACUGACAGGAAUGCAAGUUUUUGAGUACACUGAAACUUAAAUCAAUCUUGUAAGUUGUCAAUUAAAUUUUAUAGAUUUUGAAUGAAACCUUUCCUAGAAUAUUGUUUAAUACAUGAAUAGUUUGUGCUGUUUAAAAGGACAAAUCAUGGUAAAGAGAUGCUUGAAAAUCUGCUUUUUUAUUUAUUUAAAUAUGCUUGUUUUUUCUUUACUUCUUUAUGUUUGGAUUAUUUCAACCACAUUUUUACGCACUAUUAAUAAUAUUUUAUGAAGUAUAAAAUAGAUUAAGUACUGUGAACAUGGUGAAUGUCUUGAAGUUAUUUUUUUAUGGCAAUAAGAAUUCAAGGAUUGAUUUUUUUUUUAUGAAUUUGUGAACAUUAAUUUUUGCAUUUUAUAAAUUGUUUAUUAAUUCAGAAAAGUGUGUGAUGUAUAUUGUAUUAUGUAUAUGUGAACAAAUUCAUUAUGGAAUAUCACAUUUUUUGCUUUUUCAUUGUAUUUAUAGCUUCAUUAUGAAUACUGAACAAAACACAGCGACAAUUCAACUGCUCUCAGGAAUUUUGUUUUGCUCAAUUUUGUUGAUGCAAAAUUCAUGAUCAUUGUGGCUUGCUUUUGACCUAGAAAUUGUUUGAUUUUAGAAACUGAUGUAAAUAAUAAAAAGAUAUAUUGAUAUUAAAGAUUACUUUUCAAGAAUUUUUUUUUUUAAUACUUAUAUAAUGGAGAUUGUACUGUGGAAACCUUACUUCUUUCAAAUGGUCAAAGUUACAUUUCACUAUAAAAAAGAUUUCAACUUCUUUUCAAGUUCUUUUAUUUCAUUGUUUAGCAUUUUAUAACCAAAUCUAAAAUGCACAUGAAAUGAUAUGUCCAUAUUUUCAUAUUUUUCAUAUAUAAAUUGUCUGAAGUCAGUCUAUAAUUGACAGGUAAAAAUUGUUAUAUGUAGACUGAACAAACAGAGUUCAGAAUUUGCUAUUGAUAUUUAAGUUUUAAAUGUUAAACAAUCUGUUCAAAAGCAGCUCUUCAAAAAUUACAACAGGAAACUUUUUAAUAUAUUAUGAACCUUGAAUUUAAUUGUUCAACAAAACACACAUUUGUACACUUGUAGGUAGAAUUUGUUAAAAACCAUGAAAAAUCUAGUGCAUGUAUCAACAAAAGUUCAUUUUUUUCCUAAAACCAUGGACAUGAUGGAAAUUGGUACCUUUAAAAAUAAAGGAAUCCACAGUAUAAAAGUUAAAUGAAUGUUAACUUUUCUUACAUAUUGUCAUCAAAAUGAUUUUUUUUUCUCAGUGCGUAGAAAGCAAAAUGCACCCCCCCCCCCCCCUUUCCCACUACCCUAUCCCCCCCUUUUCCCACUACCCUAUGAAAUUGAAAAAAGGAAAUUAAUUUUUUUUAUGUACAAUUAUUUAGAAGUUUUCAAAAAUUGUCAUCAACAUUUUAUAUUGUUGGGUAAAGAAUUCUAUUAUUCAUUGAAUGAAAUGAAAGUAACCUUUAAAUUUUUUAUUUUGUUUACAAUAUUUGAUUUGAAAUGAAUGGUUUUUAAGGAAUCUUGUUUCAAAACAUUGCAAUUGAAAGGUGAAGAUAGUUAUUGUCUCAUCACAAUAAAGGUCAAUGAAAGACAACUGUUCGCUAUUCAAACAACUGGCAACUUACUUUUAUAAAUGCUUUAUAAACAUAUAUAUAUAUAUUUAAUAUGGUAGAUCCCUUAUCAUAUAAAUUUUUGUCGUUUUUUGUUUCAAUGGCUUGAAAGUCAAUGCUUACUUGUUAUCAAAAGAUUAUUUUCUAAGAAAAAAGAAUGCCAAUACCGAUAGGGUUCCUUAAUUACUACUAAUAAUAGAGCAACUACGGUGUGUUCAGUUUAUAGAUUCGUUAAUAAUACUUGCUUUAAAGUGAUGACACCUGACGUCAACUUCAGGUGUUGAUGGUUAAAGGCCUUUUUUUAGUAAUAACUGGACAAUCUUAUUUUAUGUUAUCACACUUUCAAUGAAAUGUAUAAAACCCAAUAACAUGUAAUGACACUUCUAUUUGUUGUGUACCAUAUUACAAAUUUUAAUCUAUGAAAAAAGUUAAGAAUUUAAAAAAAAAUUCCAACAAUGUAAAAAUUCACAACUGUUUGACAUGGUAUCUCUUAACAGUUAUAAAAUAAAUUUUGGAUAAAUAAUGUUUGUUACUUAGAAUGUACAUGAUUAUGUCAAGGUACAGAGAGCCAUCCUAUCAUACUGCAUUGUACAGAUAAAGGAAGGGAUAAUUGUAUAAUAUCCUUGAUAUAGAGUUUCAUGUGUUAAAGUUUCAGUGCUAUAAUGAAGUGAAGGAAGAUGUUCAUUUUAUGUUAGGGGUUUUCUACAGAAAAAAACGUAUUUAAUUUGAGAACUUUUUAUAAAUAUUAUUGUAAAUGUCAUCUCAGACACCAGGCUUGUAACAUUGAUGGAACACUGGUUUUAUUCUACACAGGCAAAUAAAAAGCAAUAACUUUUGUAUUGUAUAUUGUAAAUAAAAUUGACAAAUUUUAAGCUAUUGCAUUUGUAGUUUUAGGAAUUGCCCAUAGGAUUUUUUAGCUUACAUGACUAUUGGGUCACUGGAAGUUAUAAUUGACUUUUGAAACUACUAAGUGGAAUGUAGUGUUGAUGAAUCAUUAACAUGAUAACAGCAAAAAUGCAAUAAAUCUUAGAAGAGGUUACCCUCCCUAAAAUUACUAAUAAACAUACAGUUAAGAAAAUAAAUCAAUAUUUAGAUUCUCAUGCUCUUUCCACAAAAAUAUGGAAAGAGAGGAAAGAUUUAAUUUUUGUUUUUUCCUUAUUUUCACAAAAUUGUUAGGAAUUUUAGACAUGGUGAAAUAAAAAAAAAGUAAAAUGUAUGAAAUUGAAGAAAAAGUCCUGUGGAUAGAGGAGGAUUCUUAAAAUCAGUUUUAUAUUUCUCAUAAACCCAUACAUUAGUGUUUAAUAUUCUUUUUUUCCCGAUUUCUACAUUACAAGAAUGACUUGAUCUAGUUAAAAUGUUCAAAGAUGUAUUGUUAGUGUUUAUCUGUUAAAGGCUUGGUUAUUUAUUGUAUACCUCAUUAUAGAUAAUGGGUAUAUAGAUGUUAGGUUAGGGAUAUUUUUAUAGGUGCUCAAAUUAUUAAAAUAGAUAUAAAUUAGAAGAGUAAUUUCAAUAAACCAAAGAAUACUAUUUUAGUAGAUUGAGUGUGGGAUGACUGGAAAGAUUUUUACUUUGGUGAUCAAAUUGAACAUUAUUAAAUGUACUACAUCUGAUAGUAUUAUUAUAUAAACCAUAUUGUAUUUUAGCAGACACAUUUGUGAAAAGUGAUGGGGUACAUUUAAUGUGAUAUUUCUAAAUGAGGGUACAUGUAUUAAUUUGCUUCUGUACUAAGAUUUCAGAAUGGUUAAGGUUCAAGGAGGUUUGUUUUAUAAUUGUAUAUUAUAUUUGUAUGUUAUAAUUUGCAUAAUUACCAUCCCCAACAGCUAAACAUGGACCAUGGUGUUCAGCUUAAACAAAAAUGAAAUGAAAGCUUGCCAACAUCUUUCAUGUAAAUCAUGAUCACCCUCAAUGAUAAGUGUUUCGGGAGAAAAAAGUUCCUUACCAGUGAUGAAUAGUAACAUCAAAUAAUAAAUAAAUAAUUCAUUAAGGAAAUAUAAAAGGAAAGGGUUCUUAUGCAUUAUUGAUUAUGACCCUGUAGUAUUAUGUUGGUGUUGAAAAAGAACCUUGCAAAGAUUAUGAUUAAUACUGAUAUUCAUUAUAAUUUACUUUUUUCGUCCAGCUCAACUCAUUAAAAAGUUCAGUAUCACAACUUUGUUACCACAAAUUUUAUUUUACCUGUUUGUCAAUAAGUUUGGUCUGAAUUUGAACAACAUCUCAAUUUUUGGUUUAGCAUAAUUUUAGCCUAAAUUUAAUGACAACAAAAGAUAAAACAAUGUAAACUAUUGGUUAGAUCAUUAAAACUAAACAAAACCAAAUAAAUGAUCAUAUAUCCAAUGUAUAGAUGUUGUAUGUGUAUGAUAUGAUUUCAGUGUGGCCAAUAUGUGUUUCUGGAAUAAUUUUACCAGGUGCUUAAGUGUCAGACCAAAAUUUUAGAAAGAAAAAAAUAAAUAAAACAUUGGAGUAAUUAAAACCAGAAGGGCAUUAACUGAACAACAAAAAUUGUUUUGAGGUCAACUUUGCUUGAGGGAGCUGCAACUUGAGUUUUGGCUCAAUUACACAAUGUAAAUAAUACAGUCUGGAAUCACUGCAACUGUUUGCUGCUCUCACUUAGUAUUUUGUAUUCAAUACUGUUUUGGUACCGUUAUAGUUUUUUUAUGACUUAAUUAUUUAAGGGUUGAGGAAACUUUGUUUAGUCCUCUUUAUCAGUGUGUUAACUAAUCUCCUACAUUCAAAAUGGAACAAUCCUUGCUGGAAAAUGCUUCAUACCAAAUGAAGUUGUGUAACAAAACUUUUCAAUGAGUUGUUGAUAGAUUGGUUUUACUUACUUACUGCCCUUUUUUAACUUUAACGAAAUCGUAUCUUCCAUUUUAAAAGUUUUGUGAAGACAAACACAGUCUUCAUUGCCAUGGACUGAAACUUUAUAGAUCUGCUUCACAAAUAUUUAUUCUGAAUAAAGUUUUUGCAUUGGUAUCAAUAUUUUUCAAGUUUUUCUCUCCUAACAACUUCCACUUGAUGCUAAGCAAACAACUAUCAAUUCUUUUCAAACAGUGGAAGUUUUCAGAUUUAAGGAAUGGAACUAUGCUUAUCCAUUUUUGUUUUUAAAGUUACUGGUUUGUUCCAAAAUAUUUAAAUAUAAAUGACAAUAAUUCAAUUUUAUUAAACUAGAUUAUCAAUUUUAAAUGUAGCUGCAUUUGAACAAAAUGAAAUUUGCAUACUAAAAUAUUUGUUAAGAAUUAAGUAUUUGAGUUAACAAACAAUUCUUUUGGCCUUCUAUUAACAUUAUUUUUACCAAUAAGUUUUGUCCAGCAUUCAACAUGUAUCCAGCAUUGAUAACAGUAUUUACUUAUGCAUAAAGAUAAAUAUUUCAGAAGGUAGAAGAGCGAGACAGUUAUAGAUGGUUUAUUCAAGUUGUGGUAUGGCUUUUAUCUGGAAUAUGGCAGUUGUCCAUGAACUCAUUUUUAUGAAUGACAAACUGAAUUGUUUGUUUUUUUUUGUCAGGGUUAUAAGUAGUAGAACAAGUAUAUUUGGCCCAAAGAAAUGUUGUUAGGUUUGUCUGACCAAGGUCACUUGACUUCAUUAAUCAACAUUACCACAUGUAAGGGUUUGGUAUUUAUGGUAAGCAAGUUAUAUGUAGUGUUUUCAUGUUUAUUGGUUACCAUAAAUAAUUUUUCUUCACAUCUAUAAUUUGUGAAUGAAAGUAGUAAUUGUUGUUUAUAAUGAGAGAUUUGCAGUAUAAAGACAGCACCUGUUAGAGUUUUAUAGGUUUACUUUUUGUUUUUUGUCUUGUUCAUCUGUUUGUCAAUGCACAAUCUCAUACUUAAAUUAGGAAUGAAAAAACCACUUGACAGAAUUUUUAUACUUGUGUAUUUGUGAUCCUUUUAUUCUAUUUUAUAUUCCGAUUUUCCAAUUACCAACUGCUCCCAAUAUUUUGCUAAGGGAAACAACACUUGGUAGGACAAACUGUAUCCCUGUCAAUAGAAACCCGAAGGAAAGAAAGAGCAUGUUUUGAUGGUUAUAAUGUAUGUAAACUUUUAUGAAUUUUCAUUGCAUAAUCACCUAUUUUGCUAUUCAGUUUUUACCAGAAAUGUGUGAUGUACUUACAAAGAAUAAAUUAUGGCAAUCCUACACAAUAUACCAUGCUCAUUCCACUCAGUUUGUAUAGACAGGAAUAGUUUGUCAUAUGUGCUGUUUCCUCAAAAUUAAAAUUGAACAGUUGGUAAUUGAACAAUGAACCAUUGAUAUGAUUGAUUUUUAGGAUAUCUAAAAGUAAAACCUAGACCUCCAUUUCUGCAUAUAGGGAAGUUUUUAAGGCUAUUCACCUGAAGAUAACAUUGGAAUGAAAUUCAUUUUUUUUUAAUACAAACUAUCAGGAUUACAUUGAAAAUAUGGACUUUGCAAUUUCUAAUUUUUAUUUUUUUUUAAUGUCAGUCUAAAUGUGAAAAAUUAAAUACUUUCUCAUUGGUAAAUAGAGUAAUAAAUUGCAUUUACUGUCAUUUGAUCGAAUGAGUGAAGCAUAUUCCUUUUUGACAGAGGUAAUAUUAUUGCUUUAGACAAAUGGAUGAAAUAAUUUUCACCAAACUCUUAUGUAGUUCUAUUCAUUUUUCAACUUUUCCAAGAUGUAUCUGUAUUUUGUGAUAGACUGAAGAAAAAUUAUAACCUAUUUCAUGUCAUAUAGAUUUAUAAAUUUAUAUUUAUGUGUAUAAAAUGAAUGGCAAUUUGUUUAUUUUAAAUUAUGUAGAUAGUCAUGGAUGUACAAUUAAAACGAGAUGUUUUAUUAUUAUAUGUACAUAUAAACAUGUAAUAUAUUAUUGUAUGUGUACAAACAAAAAGUAAGUGUAUGAUAUCCUCAAUUGUAAUUUAGAGUGGAAUUUGAAAAUUCCAUGUCACUCAACUAUCUCAUGUCAAAAAUAAUAAAAUAUCAAACAAUC